GCCUAUCAGUGCGUGGCACAAACAUUUAGAGCACGCCUACCCUGUGCAGAAAGACAGCCGUAGAAACACGCUGUAGUGAGAACGUAGCAGUGUUUGCGGAAGUAAAGCAUGGAGCAGAAAACUGUAGAAAGGUGUCUGCAGAACUUGGAGUAAUCAACCUCUUAAGUCACUUUUCUAUUCACCUGGAAGAAGUUCCGGAACUGUCCGGCUAGGCCUAGAUCUUAAAUGCCUUAAAGCCUGUUUAGGCUCUGUUUUAGAGCAGCAAUGACCAUUGUUGAAAAACGUAUCAAACAUGUUUUAUCAGCUUGGGAUGAUUGCUCCACGACGGACCACAUUCCUUCUCCUCAGUCAUUGGUACACUGAGUGGAUUUAGGGAAAGAAAUGUCAUAGGUAAAAGACUUGGAGCUCAAUACCUAUACAAUCGAGUUACAAUGAGGAUGUGUACUUCUGUGUCCAAGUUCCUACGGAGGGGCAAAUAUGUGCUACUGUUGCUGCUCUCACUUUCGGUGUUGGUGUGGAUUGCAACAUUUGCUGGGGAAACUGUGAAGGCUAUCCAGGACCCCCCGGGCUCAUCACAGACUAAAAGCGAAGCAGACGUCCUGAGAAUAGAACAGAACUCGGAGAAAGCAAUCCAAGUGUUCUCCGAUCCUUUCCCUGACUCCUCCCCACCGAAAGAGGACUGUCCGCCAAAAUCGCCACUUCUCAAGGGAGCCCUGAAGCUUUCUUUCGAGGCCACCCUAACACUCAAGGAAGUGGAGAGGGAGAACGAAGCAGUGGCAGCUGGCCAGUAUAAACCACCUGGCUGCAAUGCCCUGCAGAGCGUGGCUAUCCUCAUCCCCCACCGCAACCGCGAGAAGCACCUCCUCUACCUCCUCCACCACCUCCACCCAUUCCUCCAAAGACAGCAGCUGCAUUACGGCAUCUACGUCAUCCAUCAGGCUGGAGAUGUGACGUUCAACAGGGCCAAGCUUCUGAAUGUUGGAUACUUGGAAGCUCUCAAGGAUCAUGAUUGGGACUGCUUCGUUUUCCACGAUGUGGAUCUGGUUCCAGAGAACGACUUCAAUUUGUACAAAUGUGACCAGCAGCCAAAACAUCUUGUGGUUGGCAGGAAUGCCACAGGGUACAAAUUGCGGUACAAGGGAUACUUUGGAGGGGUGACUGCCAUGACUAAGGAGCAGUUCUAUAGAGUGAACGGAUUCUCAAACACCUACUGGGGUUGGGGCGGGGAGGACGAUGACCUUCGCAUAAGAGUGGAGCUUCAGAAAAUGAAGAUCGUGAGACCUCAUGCAGACAUAGCACGUUACACCAUGGUGUUUCAUAAAAGAGACAAUGGCAACGAAAUCAAUAAAGACAGAAUGCGUUUACUGGGACGGACACCUCAAGUUUGGAAGAAAGAUGGCCUGAACACUUGUUCCUACAAGAUGCUGAAAGUGGAAAGACCACCUCUUUAUAUUAAUGUUACCGUGGACAUAGGAAAACCACAGGUUCUACACUAAGAUGCUGACCUACUAUAGGAAUUGUAGGCCAGGAAUAGUUUUGGUUGUUUGGUCUCUUUUAAAACCCCUACAGAAUGUUGAAACUCAUGGGACCUAAAGGUUUAUUCUAAUUGUACUAUAGAGUUUUUCAUUUCCAAUCAUUUCAUUUAUGGAUCGUAACACAUGUUAUUAUCAAGGAUUCAUGAACCUGUAUGCACUUUUUAUUCAAAAUUAGGAACUAGACAAACUGCAUUUGCAUUUUGACCUAAGGGAACCUGGACUUACUAAACAUUUAUUUAAUUUGUCUUGAUAAAAAUAUUAUUAGAAGUUUGGUUGAAUGUAGAAGCUAAUUAUAACAAAGCCUGAUUGUUUUGUAAUACUUCAGAAAUAUGGUUUGUAGUAUGUUUUCUGUGAGGGGUGUCUCAGCAACAUAAAUACUGGUGGUAUUAGGUUUCAAGUACAUAUUUUAAUCUUCCGGAUAUCUUUGCAACAUCCAUGCAGUGUGAACGAAUCAACUUAACAUCUAGAUUGAAAAAACUUUGAGCUCAUCAUUAUAGUU